AUGUUCCGCGGCGGAGAUGAGGGCAUCGACGAUCAAAUAUUGCGAGCCACACCACCGAAGACUUUGCUUCGUAUCACGCCGACACUAUUCUACAUCGCGAUGCAGAUGCACAGCACCAGCGAACUGACCAUCGAUGCCCUCGACAACGGCAUCUCCUACUUCGUCGGCCCGCUUCUAAACUGGACCCUUGUUGGUGUCAUGCAGACUAUUCUGCGCGAGUUGAUGGGUAAAAUCAACAUGUUAAAAACGCACCUCCACGUCGUCAGCUCCAUUAUCCUCAAGGAUACGUGCCCCCGCGCCAUCCUACGCAUGUGCGGGCCGGGCUUGUUGUCCAUGACAAGCUUCCUCGCGAGAAGCUCCUCCUUACCCAACCAGCCCCCGAUUUACACGCACUACCGCCUGGCUGAUUUGCAGCAUAAGGUCGUACAGGCGAGCAAUGGGCGGCUUCCGGCCGCCAAAAUCAUACCAUCCCAGAAGCCGCUGCAGCCCAUGGAGGCACUGCACCGCGCCUUGAAGCGCGCGGGCGAGGGCAAAGCACCCGUCCUCGACAUCGAGCGCUGCCUGAUUGCCACCUCUCCCCUCGCCUUCCUCGAGGUCCUCUGGGACGCGCUCAAUCACCUCGAGGCUCACAUCUCGUCCGUUUCCGAAGGCUCUCGGCGCAUCGCCGUCUUCGUGCUCGCCAGCCCGCCGUGCCCGGGCACGCCGCCCUUGCUGCCGAUUUUCCUACACUCCUUUGUGCCGCCCUUACUGUCGCGCAUCGACCACGUGCAGGUACCCGCCGAGCAUAUCAUCCUCGUCGAGCUGCUCUCCGUCAUUCUGUCCUCCGCGCUCACCGCGGCCAUGCACGUCGAGUGGGCGUUUCAGACCGUCUCAAAGGGCGCGCACCCCAUCGUCCUCGGGCAGUCGAGCUCGGCGAUGGCGCGCAGCCUCGCGGCCGAAUUGCGCAGGCACAAGAACAGCGCGUCCCGCGCCGCGGUGCUGAAGCGCUUGUGCGCCUCGCAGGCCUUCAGAACAAAUUUCCCGAUGAUGGUCGGUGACUGA